UUCCCCUUAAUUAACAAACAACCAAAACAAAAACAUAUCCCUCCCUCAGUCCCUGCCUGCUACUGUUCCAAAAGAACUCCACUUUCUCUCUCUAAAAACCUUCCAUUCUCUCUCCUUCAAUUUCAGUUUCCCCCAUAAAUUAUUCACUCCAAUUCCCCCUUUUCUCUCGAAUCUGGUUUUUUCCCACUUCCCCACUAUGGAAAAUGGUGCUCCUCUGAGAUUCCUCCUCCCUCUCGCCGCCGUUCUCCUCAUUUUUCCGGCCACAUUGUGGUCUCUUCCGGCCACCGACCGCCGGACCUCCGCCGGGGCUGUCUCCUCCAAGUACCAGAUCGAAUGCACAAUGUGCUCUGCUUGUGACAAUCCCUGCGGCCAGUAUCUGUCUCCGCCGCCGCCGCCGCCGUCCCCUCCUCCUCCCGUCAACUGCCCGCCGCCGCCGUCUCCCCCCUCCUCCGGCACCUACUACUACUACUCCCCGCCCCCACCGGCCCAGCCCACUUACACCUACUCUUCCCCGCCGCCGCCACGUGGAAUCAUCGGUGGGUACUACCAGCCGCCGCCGUACAGCAAUUACCCGGCGCCGCCGCCGCCGAACCCGAUUGUGCCGUAUUUCCCAUUUUACUACCACACUCCGCCGCCGGGCUCCUCCGCCGCCGCCCAUUUGACGGCCACUUCCGCUUGCUCUGUUUUUACUGCUACUUUAUUUACUCUUUUACUCGCUUUGUUUUAGUGCAAAUUACAGGGAAGGGGGAAAAAGGAAAUUUCAAUAAUGGCGGAUUCGCAGAUCUGGGAAAUCGAGAAAGGGGGGUUUCGAUCUUCGAAGAAGAUGACGAGAAAUUGCAGAUCGGGAAUUUGCAUUUUGGGGUAAAGAAAAUUUUCUCAUCCCAAAUUCCCCCAAAUCUCCAUGGGCAUUAGAUUGAUUUGUAAUCGGCUGACUACGUAUAAAAUUAUAUAAUGUGUUUUUUCUUUUUUUUUUUCUACUUGUAUUCUAAAUUCAAUUCGUCAAGAAAAAACAAAAACAAAAUUGUAUGUAUCGAA